AUAAUGGCACCCAGUGGUCUGGCCCUGGAAAUCCUAACGGCCAAAGAGAAGAACAGACUCAGGAAACCCAUCGUGGAGAAACUGCGCCGGGACCGGAUUAACAGCAGCAUCGAGCAGCUGAAGCUGCUCCUGGAGAAGGAGUUUCAGAGACACCAGCCCAACUCCAAGCUGGAGAAGGCCGACAUCCUGGAGAUGACAGUCAGCUACCUGCGCCACAGCCGAGCUUUUGCAGCACCCGCCAAGAGCCUGCAGCAGGAUUACUGUGAAGGGUACACCUGGUGCCUCAAGGAAGCGCUGCAAUUCCUGUCUCUCCACUCGGCGAGCACAGAAACCCGCAUGAAGCUCAUUUGCCAUUUCCAGAGGUCACAAGCAGCACCCAAGGACCCUGGUUCUUCUGCACCCGACUCCACCCACCAGCCCUCCCCAAAACAAGCGGCACUGAAGCCCUCCUGCAGCCUCUGGAGGCCUUGGUAG